GCCUGACAGUUCCUUCAAGAUGUGGUGACAUUUGUGCUGGACCCCCACACCCGUCUGGUGCACUGGCAGCACAACGCGACGCGAUGUUGGACUGCGGGUCCAUUGCAGUGGCGAUUGUGCAACGACAGGUCACGGUGGUACAAUCAAUACGCCAACAUGGCCUGCGAGAGCGCUGGGUAGACGUGCUCACAUUCAGACCUCUCGGCGAACGCAUAUUCCUUGUCUCCGACGUACCGAGUGCACGCAUUCCCACCACCGCCAUUCUCACCAUCUAUCCAUCUGAAGAUGAUCCUCGUGCACCAACGAAGGGCAUCCUCGAACUGCCGCCUAAGGCAUUUUCAGAAUACCUGGAACUCAGUGGCCGCAUGCAGAAGAAGUACGAGGACAUGUAUAACACAUGGUUGACUCGAUCGUCUACAUGAUGAGAUCCGCCGGCUUUAUGCGCUUGCAUCCGCAGCCUUCCUUCAUCUUCAUCCCCACUUAUACCGAAGAUGUUGUAGCCCUAGCUUCGUUGCGUUCUUCAAUUGACGAGAACAUGUAUUGCAUGUUCGUUCCAUUCUCCUCGAUGUAGGAUUCGCCCAUUUGAAGCU